AUGGGUGCCGGCAACUCGAAGAUCCCACUGGAGGUCGCCAACCUGAUCGCAAACUACGUCUUCGGCUUCCUCAUGGCACCACCACCUCAAGCUCUCCAGUCGAAUGUGCAGAUCUAUACGCCACCUCCGUACCUCACACCACCAAAGACGUGCCUUCUGAUGGAGAUCCCUACAGAGAUUCGCUUGCAAAUUUUCAAGGAUUUGCUCCCGUCUCGCGAUACAGUCCACGACGUCUCGUGCAGUGACGAUGCUGUCGCAGCCACCAAGAAGACUUCUUACCUUCGGCGUCCGGGUCUCACCCUGGGGCUCAUGCUGCUGAACCGCAAGAUAGCCUCUGAAGUUGCUCAGGUGGUGUACGGCGAGCGCUUCUUCGUCGUCCACGCGCACGAGGGUCUGCACAAAGGGGGCAUCGAAUUUCUGCAUGCUGGCCGCCAACCCCUUCACUUCAGAGAGUUUGAUCGCCACGACGAGCGGUUCGACUUCCGCUUCAAGGGUGGCGACUUCGGCUACGAAUUCAGCUUUGACCGCCUCAAGAAGGUCAUUAUCAAGAUCUAUCCGGCGCCCGCGGGCGAUUCUGGCAGGCACACACCAAUCAACACCUUUCUCAUGAACCUUGCGCUCUGCCGCCUGCUCGCGCGCAACCCAACAAGUAAUGGGGUCGAGCAGCGCAUCGUCAACAUCACCAUCGUGUUCAUGAAUCCGAAAGGAGUGCUGGAGAAGUCGGGCCGGAGAGCCAUCCAACACGCCGAAAACUACUGGUGGGACUCGGAGAAAGGUCAGCCUCGAACAACCAGCCAUUACGGUAUCCCAAACAUCGAGCUUGUCCUGCGCCCGUUCGCCACGCUCACAGGCUGCCACAACGUUGAGGUCAGGCUUCCAGAAAGGGUGCGCGAUCACUUGAUGACAUGCUCAUUCGUGGACGAGCUGGCGACGAGCAUGAUGAGCCCUGAGCGUACGCUGGGCAGGGACGAUCAAUUGGACGGGAAGAUCGAAGCUGCGAGACAUGCUAUGGAAGAGUACAUUAGAUACUUCUCCAAGGGCAAGAAGCCAGGCCCGGACGUCGGUCGCAUGAAGCCGGAAGAAGUGCUUGAGGACGAUGAGCAAUACUACGACGAGGAUGACGAAGAGCCCGAUUCCGUACGUCGCUCGCAAGGACCGGGUCAGAUGACGACCAGCCAUAAGGGCCGCAGGACUGGUAGAGUUGAUCACGAAGAGGAAGAGUUGCAACAGGCCAUGAGAGCUUCUCUUGUCACUAUGGCGAGUGAGAGGCCAACCGACUUCAGCACGAACUUCGACGAAGACGACGAAGACGAAGACCACACCAUGACUGAUCCUUCGGCGCCGCUCGGUGAUCUGGACGACGAGGAUGAAAGCGGAAAUACAUUUGUGGCAGUUUGUCAGGUUGGAGAUUGGCGCCGCUUCAAGCCUGUCGAGACCUCGCCCGUCAGAAGUACGGCCAUCGCUCAACUCCUCAACGCGCCUUCCACUCACAUGUUUGAGGCUUCUCACGUUGAAGAACUCACAUCCGCCAUCAGCUACAUCAGCCGUACCAUGACCGCAGCUCGCACCUUCCAGCCAUCGCCUGGCGCUGUUCGGUCUAACAACCUCCCCGGCCCCAUGCGCUCCCUGGGCACUUCUGCUGAGCACGAUCGCCCUUCGCCAGGACCAACCGACGGCGACGGCGAUGCAUCACCCACCGACACGAAUGACUUCGAGACUUCGCCACGCAAGCGCCGCGCCUUGACAACGCAAGCCGGCAAUGCAGCGACCCCUCGCACUUCGUCGUUGCCACCACCUGCGGCCUCCGCUGCACCCGCGGAGCAGGAGAGCGCCGUACGCCAUGUAGCUGUGACCGAGCCUGCUGCUGCUGCUUUCGACGGUGACAAGAUGGAGGUCGAUCUGAUGGACUUCGCUGAGGGCUGA